GUGCUUAUAAAAAGUGCACAAAGUAUGUGGGAGUGCUCGAUAAUGUGCUCCUGAUUAUUACUUCGUUUCCUCAUUAUAACAAAUAUCUCUUUUGCCAUCUUGCGAGCCUCUUCUCUGCCCUUUCUAUCACCAAAUUCCAUGUUGCUUGCUCCUUAUUGGAUGCGCCUAAGGGUAAGCCCGGGAAGAAGACUAAUCAACAGCAUUUGCUGAUUCAAGAUGCAAAGCUCUAUGGGCGUGAUCCUGUCUUUGCUGUGAUUUGUAAAGCUUCUUUGUUACCUGAGGUGGCGAAGAACCAUGAUAUUCAGAAGAAUGAAACUCUUGUACAACUUGGGCAGUUAUUGAUCACUUUUCUUCGAGUUCUUUGUACAAAUAUUUCCUGGCAAAGGCGUAAACUUGGAAAGAUUUUGCAAGAUUGGCGUAUCAUACACGUACAGCUGGAACUGGCUUUUAGGAAAGAGUUUGGAGAUAUCUUAACCACUUCAAGUAACGAGAAUAUUUGUAUGAAGAUAUGCAGACACAUUCUCAUAUGGGUUGAGGAGCAAACAUACUGGAUAGCUUCCCGUUUCCUGAUGUUGGGCUUUGAAUUAGACUUGUAUUCCGCUGGUGAAUAUUGUAUGGUCUACUGGUACAUGUAUAUUAUCCUGAUCAAGCUUGCGGAGAAAACACAUAUGCGGACGAUGACAAACAAUGAAAUCAGUAAAAGGAAAGGGAAGAAGAAAAGAGAUUUUGUAAAAGAUGGAGGAAAAGAUUAUCAACUUCCACCUUCAAUUUUGUUUCUUCAGUGCCAUGUAUAUCUUGCUGAAGGUCUUACCAUGAUGCUGGCAGCUUUAAGGAAUGAACGGCAAANUGACCAAUCUUGCAAUUUUCCUCAGAGGUUUGUCCAGCACUUUGAGUUGCUUCUAAAAGCUUGCCUGCCCGAUCAUGUCUCCUAUUAUUCAUUCCAGGAGACGACUGCUCAUGCUCGGCUAUCGAAUUUAUCUAUGUACAACUGCUUCAAAGAAGCUCAGAGAAGUGCAAAGGAUCUAAGGAGCAGUUUCUCUAAUGAUCCAGAUAAAAUGUCAGAGCUUCGUCGUAUAGAACAAGUAGCAGAACAUAACAGUGUUGCUCUUGGUCUUAUAUCCCGGCUAGGAACUCUUGACCCGUCGCUUAAGGUUCAAUUCGAGUUCAGCCACCACCCUUUCUUUGCUACCGCAGUAGUGAAGAGAUCUUGAAGAUGAAGUUUUUCUUUGAUCUCCAAAUUUUGCCAUCCACUCUUGUGAAGAAGAGAUCUUGAAGAUGAUCUGUUCUUGAUCUCCAGUUUUGAAGUAUUGUUAGGUCUCAUUGGAUAAUGUAACAUAUUUCGUCGAAUUUUUUUAUAUUACCAUAUUUUUCCUUUUCAUUUUAUUUAUUUGUUGUUACUAAUGAUGUAAUUUGUAAUUUGGGAAGGAAUAGUCAAUAUUUAUUGUAUAAUAUAGCAUCAAGUAUGAGGAUUUUGCAAGAUUA